UAGUCUGGUUUUAACUAGGGUUUAUCAAAGCUAAAAAUCUUCCAGUUUUCUUCUGUUUGUUCCGGCAGCCAAAAACACAAAAAAGCUGAACUCUUUCAAUUUUCUUUGUUAAACAAUGGGGAAGAAACGAAAACACAGCGAAACUCAGACAGUUGAACUAACAAAGAAAGAUGAAGGAGCACCAGAGAGACCAAAAAGGACACUUUUGGGUUGGAAAGACAAGGAAGAAGUUCAGAAACUAACUGGGUCUAACCCUGAUUCUUCCCACGUUUUUAGAAACAAGGAAAAAGUUAUGGUAACAUGUUCACGCCGCAUUAAUUACAGGUAUAGGCAUUUGAUGUUGAACGUGGUUUCACUUUUGCCUCAUUGUAAGAAGGAUAAUAAGGUUGAAUCAAGGAGUAGUAAGGGGGCUACCUUGAAUGAGCUUAUUGAGUUGAGGGGUUGUUCUUCCUGUCUGUUUUUUGAGUGUAGGAAACAUCAGGAUCUUUAUCUAUGGAUGGCAAAGUGUCCCAGUGGUCCAUCUGUGAAAUUUUUGGUUAAUGCCGUGCAUACAAUGGAAGAACUGAAGCUCACUGGAAAUCAUUUGAAAGGUUCACGUCCUUUGUUGACUUUCUCGGGUAAUUUCGAAAAAGAUGCUCAUUGGAAGCUUCUGAAGGAGAUGAUCAUACAGAUAUUUGGAACUCCAAAGGAGCACAGGAAAUCUAAACCUUAUCAUGAUCAUGUCUUUGUUUUCUCCAUUGUUGAUGACCACAUAUGGUUCCGCAAUUACCAGAUAUCUGUUCCUCAUAAUGAAUCAGACAAAAUGGUUCGAGGGGGACUUGAUAAAAUGACCCUUGUUGAGGUUGGUCCUAGAUUUUGUUUGAAUCCGAUCAAGAUAUUUGCUGGCAGCUUUGGAGGUCCAACACUAUAUGAGAAUCCCUACUAUGUAUCACCAAACCAGAUUCGAGCAUUAGAGAAACGGCAGAAGGCUGGGAAGUACGCGAAGAAAGUUAAAGCGAAGACAAGGAGGAAAAUGCACGAAUUAUCUAAUCCAUUGGAGCCUGAUGAAUUUGCUGAUAUGUGGAGAGAAUGAUGCGUCUCAGGAUCCUUUUUUCUUUUUGCAAAAAAGAAUCAUCAUCUACUAAAAUUGUUUUAUAUCCAGUGUGAAACUGCAAAUUUUGGUUAAUUCUCUCAACUUUUCAUUUUGUCCCUGUGAGAAUUUGGUUAGAUCAAUGGAUCGGUUAUACAAAAUGAAUCAAAAUGAGAUAUUUUUAGUAUCAUCUACAUUCUCUUCUUGAGUUAAUCAUUUAUCAAAUGCAGAAAUGCUGCGAUUGUUAAAGCAAAACUCCAUCGGUACCCUGAUUUACUUGGUUCCUGAGAUCGUUGAACAUUGUUUAGUCACCGAGCAGUUAAUUACAAAGAUGCCAGCUGCUAUCAGCCAUAAUCACACUUAAAAGUAUGGUUGUAGACCAUUCUUAAAUCCACUUACCGGCACUAGAUAAUCAAGAUGCUUAUGAUCUAGUUGGCUAUGAUUAAUGCAGAACAUUCACAAGGAUUCACUUCAACAUCAACCUGGGGAGCACAAGUAUACAAUUGAAAAGGCAAUUUUUUACAGCAAAAACAAUUGGGUAUUCUUUCAUUUAUUUAUUUAUUUUUUUCAGUACAAGAACAUAAGAUUUUGAUCCGCAGCCUUACACCCCGGCCAUUCAAGUUAACCCAGGAUGCAAUAUCAGAUAUUAUUGCGAUUAAUAAACUAUCCUGACAAAUGAAGAAAGUAGAGUACUCAAAAAAAUUUGCUGUAAUCAGUAAACAGCCGGUUCUCAAGGCAACCUGUCUGAAAAUGAGACAAUCGGUGGUCUUGUUGGAUACCCACAAGAAAGAGUCCCGUGUAUGCUGCACAAGGGCCAAUAUCAACACUAUUGAAACUAAGAUAUCUCAUCAAAGAAGCAGAACUGCAUGCGUAUCAAAAAUACUCAAUUCCUUGACAUGAUAGGCUUCCAUGUAAUACCAAUGUUACUAGAUGCCAAACAUUUUCAAAGAAUUCAACGUUCUAUGAUGACGAGAAAAAGUUAGCCAAAAGCCAGCCUUUCGACAGUCGUGAUCAAACUUCUUCAGUAUGAUGACGUCAUCGUCAUCGUCGUCUUCGACGUCGAAUUAAGUGGCAUGGUGGCGCUGUUGGUUUUCCGGGUCGGGUUUCGGGUGAGGGUCGGGCAUUGCUAGAAAUUAUAAUACAAAGUAAGAUUGAGGACUGA